AGUGAUGGGCAUGACAGCUGGUCGUGGCCCCACCGUCACUACAGCGCGGUAGAGCGCGGCGCUGAAGCCCCGGCCCGCAGAUCCGUGUCCACCGGUGCCGCCGCCCGGCUUCGCUUCGCAGUCGAUCCAGGGCGAUGUUCGUGGCUCGGAGCAUCGCGGCCGACCACAAGGACCUGAUCCACGAUGUCUCUUUCGAUUUCCACGGUCGACGGAUGGCUACCUGCUCCAGCGACCAGAGCGUGAAGGUGUGGGACAAAGGUGAAAGUGAAGAAUGGCACUGCACAGCCAGCUGGAAGACGCACAGUGGGUCAGUGUGGCGGGUGACAUGGGCCCACCCUGAGUUUGGACAGGUGCUGGCCUCCUGCUCAUUCGAUCGGACUGCUGCCGUAUGGGAGGAGAUAGUGGGCGAGUCUAACGACAAACUGCGGGGUCAAAGUCACUGGGUGAAGCGGACUACACUGGUGGACAGCAGGACUUCAGUGACGGAUGUGAAAUUUGCCCCCAAACACAUGGGCCUGGUUCUUGCCACCUGUUCCGCAGAUGGCGUUGUGCGGAUAUACGAGGCCCCAGACGUCAUGAACCUCAGUCAGUGGUCCCUGCAGCAUGAGAUCUCCUGCAAAUUGAGCUGCAGCUGUAUUUCCUGGAACCCCUCCAGUUCCCGUUCUCAUCCUCCAAUGAUAGCAGUGGGCAGUGAUGACAACAUCACAAACAUAGGUGGCAAGGUUCAAAUUUAUGAAUACAAUGAGAAUACCAGGAAAUAUGCAAAAGCUGAAACCUUAGUUACAGUCACCGAUCCUGUGCAUGACAUUGCUUUUGCUCCAAACCUCGGAAGGUCAUUCCAUAUUCUUGCAGUAGCAAAUAAAGAUGUUCGAAUUUUCACACUAAAACCAUUAAGAAAAGAAAUGAGCAGUUCUGGGGGCCCGGCAAAAUUUGAAAUUCAAACUGUGGCGCAGUUCGAUAAUCAUAAUUCACAGGUGUGGCGUGUAAGCUGGAAUAUCACUGGUACAGUCUUGGCAUCCUCUGGAGAUGAUGGAUGUGUCAGAUUAUGGAAAGCUAACUACAUGGAUACUUGGAAAUGUACUGGCGUAUUGAAAGGAGAUGGAAGUCCUGUAAAUAGUGCCUUAAACCCACAGUCAAUGGGACUACUUAAUCCUUCUUCAGUAUUAAGCCCUUCAUCCUCACAGAAUCCAUUUAAUGGACCGUCUGGCGGAGGGAGGUCUUUCUUUCCCACUCCGGACCAUGCUCGGGCCGGAUCGAGAUGGUCCAGUUAUGCCCUGCUUCCUCCUCUUCCUCUUCCUCCUACGGCAGAACAAUCUUGUGAUGCUGACACAACCCACCUACAAUAUCGUAACUCUCAAAAUCGAUACUCCAACAGGUCUCUCAAUUCCCUGCUUGAGAAUGAGGAGUUGCAAUAAAAAAAUGAUCUACUUAUGCAGAGGUGAUAAUGUAUAUGUUUCUGCUAACUUAUUUUUACCCUGACUUUUAAUGUACAUAUAAAGUUUCUCAACAGGGAACUUUAUUAGCUUAAUUCAUAUUUGAAUGAUGGAACUAUGUAGAUAAUUUGAUAUUGGAAAGCCUUUCUCAAUCCAUGUAAUAACACCAGAAUAUUUAAGAUUGGAAAUCUGCAAUUGUCGGCUGGGUAGACUAAGUUAAAAUGAAAAUGUUAUGGGUGUGCCUUAAAAAUCAAUGUCUACUGUUAAGAGUUUUUAAAUCAGGGUAGUUCUGUUUUAUAAGGGAAUUUUGGAUUACGUUUUGGAAAUUAUUUGACUCAACUUUUUCUAAAUAUUGCUUGUGUUUUCUGUUUGAGAGAAAAUUAUGUAUGUUUUAAAUAUGUUAACAGCCAUGAAUGGAGUGAUGCAUGCAGCACUGUUGGCAGGAUGAUCAUACAAGCUGCACUCGUACUUAACAUUCCCGUGUAGUCUAUUUGACGUAUUUAAACCAGGCAAUGGUAUUCAAUUACAUGGGAAAUCGAUUGAGUGUAAAAUUAAUUAAAUGGUUUUGUUGACAUAAUAAAGGUGUAUUGAAUACAA